UGAUUGUAGGAAAGUGAAGGAGAGAAAACUGUAGCUGUGGAAGGAACGAGAGAAGCAGGGGCAAGUGAAUAUGAAAGUGCUGAAGAUGAAGAUGUGGUGGCUUCAGAAAGUCAGUUUCAGCAUGAAGGAGAAGUGAGCACAGAACAGGACUCUACAACAGAAUUUAUAGAUGAAGGUGGCAUGGAAGACACCGCUGAUGUUGUAAUAGAAGGAGAACUAGAACAGGUUCAUGAAGAAAUUUUCUUAGAUGAUUUUGAUGAAGAUGAUGAAGAUUAUGUUGGAGAGAGACAGGAAGGAGAUGGAGAGGAAGGUGCUUCACCUUUCCAGACGGUGGAAAAAGUCCUAGAUGAUGAUGAAGACCGAAGAAAUCCACAGUUUAUUCCCAAGAAAGGUGCGUUUUAUGAACAUGAUGACAGAAUACACGGAGAAGAAGAGACAGUUGAGAAAAAGAAGCAAGAAGAAGAGAUUUCUAGUAAAACCGAUAAUAAGAAAAAGAAAAAGCUGUGGUUGGACAAGGAAAAGUGGGGUCACGAUAUGUUUCAUGAAGAGGAGCAAGCACCAAAGUCGCAUGAAGAGGUGGUAGCAGUUUAUGGGUAUGAUAUCAGAAGUGAAGAUGGUCCCCCGCGAGCUAGGAGGAGGAGGAGAUAUGGUCGAGGACCAAACAAAUACACAAGAAACUGGCAAGAUGAAGAUGCGUACGUGACAGGGCUUGUCAGUGAAAGAGGUAACAGGGGUAGAAGACGAGGUAGGGGUCGUGGACGAGGACAGAGGCAGUAUAGGGAUGAUUCUUUUACACAUGAAGAUAAUGAAGGUAGAGGAAAUAGCAAAUCUACAAAAGAUGCAUCAGACUCCUUAAUAAACACUGAAGAUUUCCCAUCUCUUCCAUCACAACAGCAUACAGACCAAAAUACAUAUAAAAAUGAAAGUGAUGUAGUUGUAAAUAAUUCAGCUUCAAAAGAUUCUGAAGUAGUACAGUCAUUGACUUUUGAAAAUUCAAAAUAUGUCAACAAAUAUAAAGCAGCCGAUAAAGAAGAAGAAAGACAGUUGAAAGGACAAGGAUAUCCAAGUAGGACACCAAGAGGUAAAAGACCACCAUUUCCAACUGCUUCAAGAGGCCGCGGAAGAGGACAGAGAAAACUGGAGCGCACACUUAGCAAUCCAACCAACUCGGUGAAUUCUGCUAUGAAUGUGAAGACCACAAGCAGAUCUCGUCAACGCACUUCAAGUAGCACUGAUGAUAGCUUGGAAUCUGGUGUUAUAGGAGAAAUUGAAAAGCUAGAAAUUGGUGACCCAAGAGUCAAAGAGAAUCAAACCAAUUUCAAAGACAAGAUACCUCGUAAGGAUGGAAGGAGGGAGAAUCAUAAACCUAAUUCGCAAAGUAACUCGGGUAAUGCCCAUCAGAGGGAACAUGUAUCAGGAGGACGUGGAGAUGUACAGAACACAAACCGUCCGAAGCGAUACUCUUCCCUGAGACAACGAAGUCUUCCAGAAACUUCAAACUAUCAACCUGCUCAACCUUCUGUACCUCCUCGAUUUUAUGAAACAGGUUAUAGACCUAUGUAUGCAGCAAAUGAUGGAGUGACCCGAGGAACACAACACCAACAACCAACCAGCCCCCCUUUAUUGGCUGCAGGUCACUUUCAGGGCUAUACAGCUGCUGCUCCAUACCAGGAGGGCUAUGGUGGGGCAGUUCGUGCUCCCAUCCCUAGUCUACCACGAAUUCUUCCUUCUGUCUCCAUGACUUCAGGACAACCAGUGGUGCCUAGUGCCUAUCUUCCAGCAAACAGUGGUUUGAUAAACUACCCCACCACGCCUGUAGCCCCCCCACAACCUCCUGCUGCUCCUCCUGCAGGUUUCCCUCAGUAUCCUUUACCCCAGCAGUAUAAUUCACCACCACCACCACCAGAACUGUCUCAAGAAAUAUAUCGUGGAGGCAUAACCUAUUAUAACACACAGAGCCAACAACAGCUGCUGCGAACGCCACCUCAGAAGCGACCGAAAGCAGCUAUACCAAUAGUACCUCCACCAUUAUCACAGGGCAUAACUGUUGGAGGACAAGAGAGAACAACGGAUGAAAGUCAAGAAGAAGAGCAUGUAUCAGAUGUUGAGCCCUUAACACUAGGAAAGGAAAAACAAGAAGCAAUACCAGCAGAUGUUAACUUACAAUCUACAGUAGGUGUAGAGAGUUAAUAGUAUUAUCAGACAAUUAUGCAAAGCAGUCUUUAAAAAUUCAAUUUUAGGCUACUAUGUUUUUCUCUUUCUCUCUCUCUCUCUCUUUCUUUUUUUUUUUUUUGUUAUGUGUAUUAUACAUACAACAUGGCAGUGCCUUUUGUAUUUCACCUUGUAUAGUUAAAAGAAGUUGUUAUUAAAGAUAUCAAUAUUGGAAAAUUGCUUAACUUCAGAAUGAAGUCUAUGCUUCAAAAAUUACAUCAACCAGAAGGUUAUGUAGCAAACAUGUUUCUAAGAUUGCCCAGUUGAUAAUUUUACUUCAAAAAUUUGGGAGGCAGAAACACUGUUCUUAAAAUGGACAGGUCAUUUCAGAUUUCACUGUGUGCUACUUAGACCUUUUGAUUUUAAUCUUUCCAGUCACAAUAUAGGUAGUUAUCACCUGUUUUUGUAAAAUUACACUGAUAAUAAAGUUUGAGCCUGCCUCCUGUAAUUGGUAGAGGUUUAGGCUGAGGUCUAAGCCUGACCAGAAAUUAUGAUGUCGCAAUUGAAUAUGUUGGUAGAAGUUUAGGCUGGGGUUUAAGCCUGACCAGCCAUCGUGAUGUCACAUUUGAAUAUAUUGGUAGAGGUGUGGGCUGGAAUCUAAGCCUAACCAGAAGUUGUGAUGUCACAACUGAGUAUGUUGGUAGAGGUUUAGGCUUAAGUCUAAGCCGUGCAAAGACAGCUUAAAGGGAUGUUAACUAAUCAGGUUAAAUUUUAAUUAAGUUAAGAUGUUGACUUGGUUGGAAUGUUUAUAUAUGUGCCUGAUUAUUGAAAUAUUCAGGAGAACAAAUUUAUGUACUAUCUCCAAGACAUGUCGGUUUGACAUACAAUAUUUGCUAAACUUGUAUCACAACAAACACAAUACUGUAGAUAAAUGAUGUAAAAGUAAAUAUAUGUAUUUAAUAAAAUAUUUAAAAAAACCUAUGUUUGGACUAGUUUGACUCUCAAAUGACAGUGUUGUGGUGUAAAUUUUAAUCCACUGCCGCUUUUCUAAUUGGCUAGUCAGACCAGAUUUCUAGCUAGCCUGAUCACCCAGUACCUUUCAUUUCUUGUUCUAAAACUGAGUUAGAUAUAAAAUGCAGUAUAUCCCUCUAGUUGUAAAUCCUGAUCAUCCAGUAUCUUUCAUUUCUUGUUCUAAAACUGAGUUAGAUAUAAAAUGCAGUAUAUCCCUCUAGUUGUAAAUCCUGAUCAUCCAGUACCUUUCGUUUCUUCUUCUAAACCAGAGUUAGAAAUAAAAUAGAGUAUUUCCCUCUUUUUGAUGAAAUUUGAAAUUCCUAGAACAACAAAAAUUAUUAUUAAGAUCAUCUGUAUUUUUAAAGUACUACCUAAAUAGUUUUAAUAUUUAGUUUAAUUAUUGGAUACCUGGGCACACAGCUCCUGUGUUGGUAAACAUAAGUUUGAGAACCAAGUGACUCCAUGAUAAUGUGAAGGUUAAUCCCACUAUUCUUUGGUAAAGAGAAGCCUAAAAGUUGGUGGUAAGUGGUGUUGACUAACUUUCUUUAAACUACUACCUAAAUUGUUUGAAUAUUUAGUUUAAUAAUUGGAUACCUUGGCACAUGCAAAGUAAUUAAUUGUUUUACAAUUGUAAAGGAAUAAAAGAUUAAAAUUUAUCAAAAAUCUUGUUCAUUAUUUGUGUUAAGAGUUUAGAUAUUAGAUGGAAGUCUGUAUAUACAUAAACUCUUAUCACUGCAUUAUAGUCUUAGCUUAUUACUUUUGUAAAGAAGAAUUAUUGUUUUGUUAAACACAACUGCUAAGCUCAAUUCUAAGUCAGAGGUACCAGACAGGUAAUAUAGCAAGUAGGUUUCAAUUCAGGUAUUGUUAUUUUUUAAUAGUUUCAUUUUAAGUUUACUUACUGAUUAUAAGUAUUGGUUUAUUUUAACUUACAUUAAGGAAGUACCAGUUUUAAAAAUGUUCUUCCUAAGCGUAAAAGCUGUAACUUGUAAUACAGCAGUUUUUUGUUUGUUCUGAAUCUUUUUUAGUUAUUUGAUAUUUAACAUGUAAGAGUUAAUUACUCUGUUAUUUUUGGCUUCUGUUUCAGUCUUGUGUAAUAUAGAGAAUUUAUCUUUCACAAACAUCUUUGCUUAGUCUUGAUUACAAUACCAAUAGCAUUGGCCACACAGCUCCUCUGUUGGUAAACAUAAGUUCAAGAACCAAGUGACUCCAGGAUAAUGUGAAGGUUAAUCCCACUAUUUUUUGGUAAAGAGAAGCCUAAAAGUUGGUCGUAAGUGAUGUUGACUAACUUUCUUCCCUCUACUUUGUUACUUCAUAAUUAGGGUUGGCUAGUGCAGUUAGCCCUAAAAUAACCUUGCACAAAAUUCAAUGAACCAUGAUGAUGAUGAGAGUCUGAAUAUGAUUAAUCAGUUGUCUUGCUUCAACUGUAUUUGGCCAAUGAAUGAUGCUGAAAGAAAAAAGGGCCUCCAUAUCCACCAGAUGGAAUCCCUACAUCAUUAACAAUGUUUCUAAAUGGCGGCUGUAUUGCAACAAGUAGGGUUUUCACAGUGUAUGUAACUUGGUGUAUAUUGUGCAGCAAUAUUUCUGUCAUUAGAAUACACAACUUUUCAUUAUGAGUAGUAGCUUUUUUAGAUACCACACUGUUUUAUUAAACAGCAUUCUCAUAAGCUGCAAAUGAAUAAUAUGCUAAAGGUCUGGCCAUGUGAUCAGUAUUGAGUUUUUGCUGCAUAAUGUGGCUUAUUUCAAGGGCUGGUCAAGAUAUUUUCAAUGACAAGAUCUGUGCAGAUUCCAGGAAAUAUUUGAGAGAUGGUGGGGUAGUAGGGUUAUGUUUGGCAGUCCCCAAACCCCAGGUUGAUUUUGCUGGGCUUUACCCAUGGCCCACUUACAUGCUUGCUUUUGUAGUUUUGCUCCACUGUUUCAACAUUUUGAAAACUUGUCUUAACCUACUAUUGUACACAAAUUUUAUUUGCACUCAUUACACUUUUGUUUUUCUGCUGCUGGUGUUUUUUAAAUAGCAUUUUACUUUUAACACACUUUGAUUAUUAAACUUGUUUUUAUAUAUAUACUGCUUAUUUAUCUGUAAGCUUGUCUUGCCUUUCUGCUGUUCUAUAACUGUGAUUUGCUAUUUACGUUUGUUGGGUAGACUGUAGUGAAACAUAGCACCUUCUUGCUUGAUGACCAGUAGUCUUAACUUCUGCUCAAAAUCUGAGGAUGUUCCUGUAAUUUGAAAGUAUUGUUUAUCCAUUAAUGUAAGAAAUUAUUCUCACUCAAGUUAUAAGUAAUCAUAUUUAGACAGCCACUGUCAUGCCUCAAGCUGCCAAUGUGUAGAAAAGUCAGCAUGUUCAUUUGUAAUUACUAGGUUUCUUAAAACUAGUAGUGUGUUUAGUUCACUGCAUGAUUGGUACUGGUUUUGUUUUCAACCUAGAUAGGGUAGGUUUAUAUGUAUGGUGAUCAUUUCUUGGUACCAAACUUGGUAUUAUACUCUGAUGUCUCUCAGAGUAGCAGUUGACACAAAGAUGUUCCAACUAAGAACCUAGCAUAUUGUGGGAAACUAACACACACGACUAGUUCACUUUUGUUGUCCCUUUGCACUACUUGUCUUUAGGACAGUUUUUGGUUUAUUUCUUGCCAGUAGGACCCGUGAACUUGUCAUUAUCAGCUCGUGUGUGACCUGGGUUUUAUAUUUACCAUAGUGCAAGAUGUACACAAUUGCAUUUAGAAAUACAAAAUAAAAUAGAAAUAUUAAAGAAAAUAGAAUCGUUUCAUUAUAUGUCUGGAAGUCAAUAAUUCUGCUGUCAAUUAAGAACUUGGUGUACUUAAAUUCAGGUUAUGCCUGAAAACCUAGUUGGGUUUAACAUAAUCACUGCCUUCUGUUAUGAAAUACAUACAUCCACUCAGCACUAUGGAAUAUAAUGAUGGUACGUUUGAACAUUUGAAUGAUCAUAUAAAAUAUUAGGUAUUUUAUGAAUUUUGAAACAAUUAAGCAUCUUGCAUUUUCAAAGACAUACCAAAUAUUAUCAGUUUUUUAUUUUAACAGUGUAUAUAUAUGUUGGUGUUUUAAUUGUUUAUAUUCAUGUUAAAACUAUCAACAUGUUUUGUGUCACGUAAAAAAAAUAAAAAUCAAAUGAAUUUUUUUAAACACAAUAUAGAUUUUAAAUCUCGUUAGUUUUGGUUCCAAACUUUUUCAUCGAACUGAUUUUUACAGAAAUUAUCUCCCUAACCUCAGCCCAUAUAUAUUAAAUUUGUUUUGUUUGAAGUAAUUCAAUUUGUAUUUCAUGAGUUUAAAAGAAUAUUUAGUACAUAACAGAAGUGUUUAAAUUUGUACUUAAAGUGGCUGCACCUUAAGGGCAAAUUUAGUAGCAUGGCAAGUACUUACAAUUUUUAUUUCAUAACAUUGAAAACUGCAGUGACACUUCAAAAAAUUACAAUACACACAAAUAUUGAUUAAAAAAAUCACCAGAAUCGGGUUCUGAUAACUGUAUGAUAAGUAUCAAACAUUCUAGUAAAGACAGCACCAUAAGAAGCAAAUACGAUUGUUGUUUUGAACACUAGGUGGUGAUAACUCAAAUUAAAGGAUAUUAAUUUUUUUAUGGCUAGAAAUAAAAGUAGAUGAGUUGGUACACAAUUGCAUACUUUAUAAAUCACUAGUACAUACUUAGAAGUAGUUGUGUUAAAAAGGAUUACCAAUUCAAAUUAUAAUAAGAAUUUUUUUCCUAGUUUUGCUGGAUUUUUUCUUCAUUCUUAUAUAAUGUCAGUGUAUGUUCACAUUAUUUAUAGUGGUACUUUUUCUUUAUGUUUGAAAUAGUACAUUUUUUAUGCUGUUUAUCAGAAAGCAGAACCAGUAAAGAAAUAUAUAUUAGCAUAUUGAUAUUAUGCUGAAGUGUAUCUUUUUAUUAUACUUGCUAUGCACAAUAUCAUAAUCAGAUAAAUUUUUAUCUUACAGUUGCGUUUCUUAUGUAAGAAAUUUUGAGUAAAUUAUCUUUUUUUGUAGUUGGAAAACUUUAAUGGUAUUUAUAAAUUGUUUAUUUGUAUUUGUAUUUUUUUUUACUUGCUAAUGGAGUGGAGUAGUAUUGUUUAAUUCUUAACUAAUAUGAGGUAAGUUUGUGUGUAAUUUGAGUUACUUAACCAGUAUGAAAUUCCUUCUCGAAAUGAAACUAAGAACUGGUAUACCAAAGUGUGUCUUUUUCUUGGUUACUGUUUAACUCUACAUGUUUCAAAACCUGGAAACCUAAUACUGUACUCUCAAGUGUGGUGUAUUAGGUGUCUAGGGCAGAGCAAAUGGGCUCAAUCUCAUUGUUCUGUAAUAAACAUAAAAGUAUUAUUGUUACUUUUGUAAAUUCAGUUAUUGCUCAUUGUAAAUACACUUUGUGGGCUUACUUUUUUUUAUUUCCUUUUAGUCAAUAUAUUAAUCAAUGUGUAAUACAUUUCUUAAUCCAAUGUAGUAUGUUCUCUUUGGCUAGUAUAAUUUAUUAGGUUUCUGUGGUUUGUUUAGUUUUUGCUUAUUGUAAUACCAUAUUAUGUGCAUAGACAAAUAACAAAAUGUGUAUUGCUAAAGAUAAUUUAAAACUGACAAUUAUAUCAUCAAUUGUACUGAAUAAUAAUAAAGUGAAAAAUGAUUGA